UAUUCCAAAUCCAUCUUCCUCGUACGCAUCUUCUUUCCCAAACCCCCUUCCAUAUCCAUCUCUAUGUACGAUCCCAGUCGCCACUAACAGUGCUUUCUGGCACAAAAAUUCCGAGAUCUAUCGCCUCUGCCUCAUGUUUUUUCUACCUGUUCCCAGAUCUGGAUCCAUUCAUGCGCUCUCUUCCUGGGUGCGCUUCCAGGAUGUGCAAUGGCUGGUACAAGAUGUCACUCCUUUGUUUAUGUCGGCAUCCAACUGUGUGAUGGUGUGCAUGGGCACGAUCUCAACCAAAAAAGUCGGCACAGAUCCGGGACGACCGUGUUCCUCCUAGAUCCAACACCGCCAUGCCGUUUUCUACCGGAUCUUGUGUUCAACCAGAUCAAGGCCAUUGCCAAAUGGACGAGCUAAAGGCUAUGUGGUCGACGAACUCAAGAUCUGGAUCCAUUCCUGUUCUCUCUUCUUGGGCGCGCUUCAAGGAUGUGCGAUGGUUGGUACAAGUUGACACUCCUUCGUUUCUGUCAGCAUCCAACUGCGUGAUGGUGCGCGUGGGCACGAUCUCAACCGAAAAAAGUCGGCGAAGAUCGGGGGACGACCGUGUUCCUCCUAGAUCCAGCACCGACGCACUGUUUUUUUGCUGGAUCUCGCGUUCAGCCAGAUCAAGGUCAUUGCUAGAUGGACGAGCUAAAGGCUAUGCGGUCGACAAACUCGAGAUUUGGAUCCGUUCUUCCGCUUUCUUCUUGGGUGCGCUUCAAGGAUGUGUGUUGGCUGGUACAAGAUGUCCCUCCUUCGUUUCUGUCGACAUCCAACUAUGUGAUGGUGCGCCUGGGCAUGAUCUUGACCGAACAAAGUUAGCGUAGAUCGGGGACGACCGUGUUCCUCCCAGAUCCAGCACUGCCCCGCUGUUUCUACCGGAUCUCAUGUUCAACCAGAUCAAGGCCAUUGUUAGAUGGACGAGCUAAAGGCUAUGUGGCUUCCAAA